AAAAAAUGAGAACAAAGAUUUUGCUCACAAUUUUGUUCUUCAGCUAGCUGCUAUCACUUGGUUUAGCUAUCGACUACACAGUGAACCCUGUAAAUCCUGCAUAAGGUGCAAAUACAGCGGCUUAGGCUUAACCAAGUAAUACAGGAGUAUGCAACAAUGGUAUGCAUUAUGAUGAUUAUUCAUUUUAGGAUUUGGAUGGAAUGGCUAAGUAUGUGUGCCAUGUAUGUAAGUGAAAAAUGGAUAUUGCACGUGCACAAAGUAUGGUGGCUGCGAUACAAAAGUAUGCGAUUCUUCAAUACCAACAUGCUAAGUAUUGACGAAUGGAUAAAACUCGUAUGCAUUAUGUUCUUAUUCUUAGAUACAUAUUAUUGAGAGCAACAGGAUGUAGUACUUAUGCUUGGGGUGAUUCAAAUACAUCUGUAAUUUGUACAUAAUGUGCAACUGGAUAUUUCUUGGUUGGUAUGAUAUUUAAUGAAUAUUCAAAGCUGGAAUAUGUGUUCAAUCAAACAAUUGUGCUUAGAUGAACUUAGUAACAGGUACUUGUGAUACUUGUGUGGAUGGUUAUUAUUUCACUCAAAAUUUCCAGUUGUAAACUUUGCAAUCAUGGGAUUACUUCCUAAAUAUCAAUUAAGUUAUUUGCAAUAAAUGUCUCGAUAACUGUAAGAUAUGUACAUCAGGGUAUCAAUAUAAUUUUAUAUUUAACAUAGUUAUACUUGUGUUCAAUGUAAUGAUUAAUACUAUUGGAGUCCCACAUAAUCCAAGUCUGCUUUGUCCAGUUCUCAGAACGAUGCUAAUGCUGGAUAGUGUUUGGCUUGUAGUGCAAAUAUAACCAAUUGUAUAAAAUGCUAGAACUCAACAGUAUGUGACAAAUGUUAAGAUGGAUAUUAUUACACUGCCGCAUCAGAUUAAACUAAUAAAGACACUUGCACCAAAUGUAUGGACCAUUGCUUGUCUUGUUCAAAUUCAGAUACAUGUGAUACUUGUGACACUGUCAAUAACUAUAUCUAUUUACAAACAACUAACUAAAAUGUAAGUUAUUUAUCAUAAUAUUUAGUCAUGUGCUCUAUGUACUAGUAUCUCAGGAUGUUAAACAUGCUCUACUUAAGGUGGUCAAUUGACAUGUACUGCCUGUUCAACUGGCUAUGUGUUUGAUUCAAAUAAUGUUUGCUAAAAAUGUGAUGUUAAUUGUGCUUCCAACUAAUGUUCUUAUACUAAUAAUCAAGUCUAAUGUAGCAAUUGUGUUUAAUACUACGUAUUGAAAUCAAGCACAAGCUGCGUUGCAUGUCCAAAUGGAUGUUAAUCUUGUUCAUACAGUGAUUAAGCUUAAACAUAAAUAACAUGUGGAUAAUGCUUUGAUACUUACUAUAAAGAUGAUAACGGCGCAUGUUUACUAUGUUCUUCAUAAAUAACCAAUUGUUAAAAGUGUAGUUACAAUAGUUAAAAUAAUCCAAGUGUAACUUGCUCAUCAUGUUCAACAAAUACUAAACUUACUAACGAUUCAUUAUAGUGUCAGUCAGCUCCAGCAAAUUGUCUUAGUUAUACAGUGACAAGUUCAACAAAUACAGCUUAAUGUAGUACUUGUGCAGAUACCUAUUACUUGGAUGGUGGUGCAUGUUUAACUUGUACUUCAGCUUCAGUUGAUGUAAACGCCUUAAGAUGUUCAAAGGCCAACGGCACAAUUACUGUUAUUUAAUGCUAGAAUGGAUAUUUCUUAUUUAAUAAUGCUUGUGUAUCAGCCAAAGAAUAGAACACUUAAGCUACUAAUCUGACAUUAGAAACUUGCCUAACAAUUGCUACUGGUAAAUAAUGCGCAUCUUGUUUGCCAGCCGCUUUGGGAACAAAUCCUCCUUAAAAUGGAGUAUGUUCUUAUUGCAACUGUAGUUCAAAUAAGGGUGAUUGUACACCAACAGUUAAUGGAGCAAAUUCUAGUGUGACAUGUUCACCUAAUCCAACUUGUUUACCAGGUUUUUACCUUAAUGGAUAAUCCUGUCUUCCAUGUCAAUCAACAGCAGGUAAUAUUACCGGGUAGGAAACCUGUUGUGGUCUUGGAUUAAUUUUUAAAUCUGGAGCACCUAAUAGCUGUACUCCAUAAGGUGCAACUGGAAAGUAAUAACUAUUGGCAUCAAAUGCAAGUGGUUACACUUGUGAUAUUGGCUAUUAUUAUAACACUAACAACAAAGCAUGUGAGACUUGCAUAAGCAAUUGUGAUUCUUGUGCCGAUGCUACCACAUGCAAAACAUGUUCUCUCAACUAUACAUUACUCAAAACUAGUAAUGGUGUAUCUUGUGUGUUGAUCAAGUGUCUUGUAGUUGAUUCUACUAAAGGAUGCACUGCUUGCUAAUAUGGAUUCUAUUUAUAAAAUAUCAAUGGCAUUGGAUAUUGCUUGUAAUGUUUAUCUCCAUUAACUAAUGUAAUAUCUAAAUUUAUUUUCUAUUAGUCAAUUUGCAGAGCCUAUUCCAAUUAAGCUCCUAAUGUUACAGUUACACCUGCAGCUUCAGUAGCAGUAUCAUCCAAUCCAUCCUAUGUUUGUGCCAAUGGAUAUUAUUGGAAUAGUUAAUACUGUUCUCCAUGCAAGGCAGUGUCAACUACUGGUAAAAAUACUUCUCCAAAUGGAUAUUGUAUAUGCUCAACCUACAUGGACUGCACAUCUAUUGUUUGCAAUACAGGAUAUGCUUUAGUUUAAAAGUAUAAGAUAUUAUUUAUUCAUUAGCACAUGCCAAGAAAUUCCAAAGGGAUGUUCUACAUAUGUAAUUAGUAAUGACGGUACUACUUUAAUAUGUACUGCAUGCACUGCCUCAUAUUCACUUAUUUCAAAUAUUUGUGUACCAAGUCAAAAUUGUCAAUAAUUCAGUACUACAACUGGUAAUUGUUCUUAAUGUGCCUCUGGAUACUACUUGAAUUGGUAGUAUAACUCUUUUGUUUCAUAAGUCUCAACUGACGCAAAUCCAUACUUCAAUAAUUUCCCAUCUUAAUGUUCAGCCUGCACUAUUUCUAAUUGUAUGACAUGUACUGGUCCAACAGUUUGUACUACUUGUCAAACAGGAUACUUCUGGCAAACAUCAUAAUAUCUUUAAUAACCAUCAAAUGGAUCAUAAGGAAGUUGCCAACCAUGCAUGUAAGGGUGUUAAACUUGUUCAAAUAAUCAAUCAUGCUAAACUUGUUUCUCAGGAUAUUAUAUGGUCUACCCAUAUUCAGGAAUCAACUAUUGCUAACUUUGUUCAACUGUUGCUGCAAUAUCAAAUUGUUUGACUUGUGAUACUUCCUAAACCGCUCCACAUGCUUAAUCAUUAGUCCCAACUUGCAGAUCAUGCCCUUCUGGAUAUUACUUAUAUAGCGGAAAAUGCGUCAUAUGUUCUGGUGGAUGCUUAGCUUGUGAUGCUGAUAACAGUUGCACAUAAUGUGUCUCCUAAGGAUAUGCUUAUGAUUAAACUAAUAAGAAAUGCGUCGCUUGUUCUACAAUUACAGGAUGUACUUCAUGCUCCUACAGUGGAACCCAGUUAAAUUGUUCAGCUUGUGCAGAUACUUAUUAUCGUAACACCAACAAUAACAUUACAACCUGUUCAUUGUGCAGCUCAGUAGCUGGUAAGAACUAUUUAAGAUGUGUUUCAUCAACAAGUCCAACACAAUGUUAAGAUAAUUACUAUUUGAAUGGAUCAAGUUGUUUGGCUUAAACCAACAACAAAUGCUUAACCUAUGAUGGCUCUUCAGGUUGCACAUCUUGUGUUACUGGGUACAUUAUCGUUGGUAAUUCAUGUUAAUUAUGUACAUCAACAAAUGCUCAAUGUGUGAAAUGUCAAGUCAUCGCCAACACUGGAUCAAGUCAAUCUGCUUCCUUAUAAUGUGCUGCCUGCACAACUGGAUAUUAUUUGACCACAUCAUUUGGAUGCACAGCCUGUCCCAAUGUCAAAGGAUGCGAAGCUUGUAAUUCUGCUGGUUGUUAAAUCUGUUCCUCUGGUUACUAUCCAACUGCAGUUACAACUGAUUCCAAUAAUUCCACUGGUACAACAACCUCCAAUAACACUGUCACUUGUAACAAUUGUGUCAGCAACUGUUCUAUUUGUUAAUAAGCUAAUGUAAUACAAUUUACUUAUUUUUAGUCUUGUACCAAAUGUGCUGAUGGCUACUUCCUUGUUACUACCACUUCCUCUGGAACUACAUCAGUCACUACCAGUAGUUGCUUUGCAUGUCAACCAGAAUGUCAAACUUGUGUCGCUCCAGGCACUACUUGCACAUCCUGCAUAGCUGGCUAUGUGUUCUAGAAUGGAGGUUGCGUCACUUUAACAUAAGCUAAUUGUUACUCCGUUGGAACCAAUGGUUGUGAUAUUUGUAAAUAUGGCUACUAUUUAAAUAAUGGAGUUUGUUACUAAUGUCUAAACCCAUAAGCAGAUGUAUUAAUUAUUUUCAUUUUUUUAGUUUCUAUGUACAAAUCCAGUAGACAACCUUUUAACAUCAGCAACAACAACAUAAUAGUAAUGAUGAAUUAAAAUCAUAAUCAUAAUCAAAAUAAUUAUAUUUU